AGUUCAGGAUCUGCGCAGAAUGAUCGCCGUGAACGCCUCCAGCUCUCCCAGACAGACACAUACAAUCACAUGACAAGGCUAGCUUGUUGUUUCCUGGUUGCUCCUGCGGUCUCCUGAUCCGCCGCUUGUAACACUAUCAUUUUUAUUGUUUAUUUUAUUAUUAUUGCCGCGGCGGCGGGUCCCGGUGUCAGGCAUGGCGGACGGCGAGAAAUCCCCGCUCCUCUCCUACGAACCAAGCGACUUAGCUAUCGGCGGAAGCGGCGCAGUGUUGCCCGGGCCAGCGGCGGCGGCGUACGGGCUGCCCUGCCAGCCGCAGAACCUCCCCUCAGUUCUCCCGAUCGAGGAAGACCUUCCUCCUUACUCCCUAAUGAUGUCGGGCAGCACUUCCAAGAUCAACUGUCGUGUAUGUCAGUCCCUCAUUAGUGUGAAGGCAGACAGCCACCAGCACCUUGUUAAGUGUGGGGUCUGCAACGAGGCAACGCCCAUUAAGAACCCUCCUCCUGGUAAGAAGUAUGUGCGCUGUCCUUGUAACUGUCUCUUGAUCUGCAAAGCAACUUCACAGAGAAUGGCCUGUCCCCGU